CGGCCAAGAUGGCGGAUGAGCAAAAGAUGAAUUUUCUGUUGGGAAUUUUCCAUCUUCUGGCAGUUUCUGCCGUCUGUUUCGGUUCGGCAAAUACUGAAACUGUCCCUCUUGUUAUAUGGCAUGGCAUGGGCGAUAGCUGUUGUAAUCCCAUGAGUAUGGGGUCAAUAAAAAAUCUUGUUGAGAAACAAGUCCCUGGAAUCUAUGUCAGAUCUCUUGAGGUUGGAGGUAAUGUGGCCGAGGACACAUACAAUGGGUUCUUUAUGAAUGCCAAUAAACAAGUCACCAUGGUUUGUGAUAAGAUCAAAUCUGACCCCAAACUUCAGAAUGGUUACAACUCAAUGGGAUUUUCACAAGGAGGACAAUUUUUGCGAGCUGUGGCACAACGUUGUCCGUCCCCGCCAAUGUUGAACUUGAUAUCAAUUGGAGGUCAACAUCAAGGUGUGUACGGCUUUCCAAGAUGUCCUGGAGAUAACAUAACUAUCUGUGAUUACAUAAGAAGACUGCUCAAUGAGGGUGCCUACAACAGCUAUGUCCAAGAUUUUCUUGUUCAAGCGGAGUACUGGCAUGAUCCUUUGAAUGAAGCCAUGUACAAGAAUUACAGUGUCUUCCUAGCAGAAAUCAACAAUGAAAAUGUUAAAAAUUCUUCUUACAAAACGAAUUUGAUGAAGCUUAAGAACUUUGUAAUGGUGAAGUUUCUGAAGGACACAAUGGUUGAUCCAAGAGCAUCAGAGUGGUUUGGAUUCUAUAAACCUGGUCAAGGGAAGAACCUUUACACGCUGCAGGAAAGUCCACUUUAUAAAGAAGACUGGCUUGGAUUACAGGAAAUGGACAAACAAGGCAAGCUUCACUUUCUUGGGGCAGACGGCGACCAUCUUCGAUUCACGGAUACCUGGUUCAUACAGAAUAUUGUCCCAUUCCUCAAGUAGUCGAUGAAUUCAGUAAUUCUCCACAGUUGUAUCAUUUAUUCAAGCCUUCCAGAGGUUUUUCCUAGAGGUUCCUGUGAUUUGAUUGGACAUAUGUGUUGUUGAUAAUGUUGUGCUUUGCGGAUUUAUUUAGAUCAAGGUCUGGUUGUUCGAAUGAUAUAUGGACACUAAAUCCUGUCAUAGGUGUUGGGAUGCAUUUGCUGAAGGAGCUAACCAUCCAUACCGAGAAAACAGACUUUGGACCUGACUUUUAAAUUCUAAAGGCACGUCAGUAACUUAAUUAUGAAAAUGUUGCAAUUAGUGUCAGUUCAUGUAAAUGUAUAAUUGCCCCUUGCGGUAUGAAAAGAUGAAAUGUAAGGAUGUAUAUUUGUAUGAAAAUUGUUUAGCUCCGACUCAUGACAACCUUAGCCACCUUCAUCAGAAUUUCAUGGGAGUAUAAGGUCACACUUUGGCAUAAACGUGUUUGUUUUGCUUCAGAACUUUUACGUCUGUGAUAUCUUUAUGUGCAGUUUUGUAAUAUUUGGUUUCAUUGUAAAAGUAGUAUGCAACGUAAGUCAAUAUCAUUGAAGGGUAUGAAUACACGUAGGAAUUUUUUUGGUAAACUUGUUUUUUCCAUGGCUUCUUUGUAUUCAUUUGGAUUUGUGAUUUUUUGAACAAAAAGGAGUUUGACUUACAAAUUGAGAAAGGGCCCAGAGAAGGCCAGGAACAGAAAAGACAGAAAUUCAUAUCAACAGGAAAAAAAGAUAGCAGAUAAUGUAAAAAGAUCAAAAUCUAGUCUUGGAGACGAUACUCAGUAAAUUUUUGUAAGUUUAGUAGAAUAAAAAGAUAUCGUUCUUA